UUGAACAACCAUGGGGAUGGGAAACAUACUCCUAUUGUCUCAAGUUAUAGCAUUUUUAGUGUCAUUCCUGGGAUCCUUCUUCAUUUUUAUUCCAGUCUCGAUAAAUUUGCAAGAGUUUGAUGGCCACUGUUUGCUUGGAGCUAAGGGAACAUGGAACUUUAGCUCGGGAAACGUGAUGCUGAUGGACAUAAAAUGGGGCCUGCACAGUGACUGUGGAUUUUCCAUAUUUAUUGGAAUCGUUGCCAUGAUUCUUUCAGUAUUUUUCAUCGUAUGGCAAUCCGUAAAUCUAUUCAAAAACACAGACAGUUCCUGGGUAGAUGCCUUUGUGACCUGUGUGAUCUGCAUCAUUAUGUGCCUACUCCUAUUCAUCUGCUCCCUCAUUCUCAGUGUAGGCUAUCACAGGUGGUGCAAAACUCUGACCGGAUACAACUCACCAUUUUCAAGGUGUGAGGAAACUGAAAUGAAUGAAUUCAUUAUUGACUCCAACAUUUAUACUAGGAACAUGUUUUCUGAACUGAAUAUGGCCCAGUUUGGUGCCUGGCUGUGCUGGAUCUGCUGGCUGGUGCUGUCUGUCCUGUCCCUCAUCAAGGUCUACCAGUACCACAAGAAGGAAGCCUUCCUCUCCAGCAUGAACCGCGAGCGGCAGCGAUUACUGCAGAGUGUUGGGCACAGGGAUCCCAUGGUGCUCUGAGCCAUGCUGUGGAUAAUUUAUUGGGAUUUGCUGAGAGAGUUUGUAGAAGAGAGGCCACAGUCUCUGCAAAAACUCUCUGCUCUGUCAUUGAAUUUAUCACCCAAAUAAUGGUGUGGCCAUCAGCACAUACAGUGCUCAACUUUGCUCUGUUAUAAUGAGUUUUGUUAAAUAUAUUGGAAUUCAUUUUUGAAAUUGAUGUAGGGAUUUUUCCUUGAACAGCAACUUCAGUGUGGAUGAGUGACUGUCAAUACUCAUGUAAUCAGCUGGUUUUAGUCUUUAGUAAAGUUGGAUUACAGUAAUAAAGAUAUUCUAAAAGCCAAGAAUUGAUAUGUUGUCAAGUUAAUCAAGGAAGAUGCCAUCAUAUCCAAGAUAUUAUCUUUGUUACCAAUUUGACACUUUAGUCAUGGUGUAGGUUGAUUCUCAGUCUUAAUAUGAUACAUGUACAUAAUCAAUUUAUUUCAAGUUAUUUGCCAGUUUAUAUACAGAUCUGAAUAAUGGUUAUUUUACUUGUUUUACAUUUGUGAAGAUUUAAGAAAUUAUGUAUGUGUAUAAAAUUUUGAAUACUCAACCACAAUUUUUUUCUAUUGUUUAUGAGGUUAAAACAAUACUUCUAUAUGUUGUUAAAGAAAAUGAAUAUUCCUCUUAUGUUUAAUGUUAAUAUUUAAAAACAUGUAAAAAUUGAUAUGAAUGAAUAAUUUAGUGUGUUGACUACUGGAUUACCUACAUUUUUCCAAGAAAUGACACACAUUUUAAUCCGAUCUGUUGAAAGUGCAGAGAGACUGCAUGUCUGUGUAUUUGAUAUUUACUAUAUAUAUUCAGUGGCAUAAUUUGUUCAUUUGCAUUUUCAAUAAGAAAGAAUGCAAACAUAGAUAUCCAUACAUGUACAUUGUAUAUUGCAUCAACUUGCUUCAAUCUGUAUCAACACACUAGUGAGUAGUCUCACUUUGAAUACUUUAUAUGAGACAGUAACUCUUUUAGAAUCUCAUUCUCUGUUAGACUAUAGAUUUUUUAUCAAUUUUCUUAUUAAUGAACAAGAAUAUUUUUAACUGAAUAUGAAUUCCAACCACUGUUGAAAAGUGUAUGAAAAGAAUAACUUCUAUCACAAUUGAGAUACAUUUUUUUGCAUAUUGUUAAAGUUCAACAUACAUGCACUAGUAAUUAUUUUAAUGCAAAAAUAUCCAUUACUGUAAAUUGUGUUUCUUUUAAAGUUAAUUUAAAUUCCCUUGUUAUAUAUAAUGAUUUGUACUUAAUAUGGCAAAAUAUCAUUAAAAAAAAACAACUUUA